AUGCGAGAUGACUUUGAGUGGUCGGCGCGCGCGCGUCAGGUGCUGCGCAACACGUUCAACGCCCAGGACUUCCGCGGCAUGCAGCUCGCGACGAUCAACUGCACCAUGUCCGGCGAGGACAGCCUCGUGCUCAUGCCCACCGGCGGCGGAAAGAGCCUGUGUUACCAGCUCCCCGCCGUGCUGUCUCCGGGGGUGACCAUCGUCAUCUCACCGCUGGUUUCGCUCAUCCAGGACCAACUGCACCACCUCAGCGAGAUGAACAUCCCCGCGGGUGUGCUCGGCAGCAUGGAGAAGGAGGGAGCCGCGGUGCAGAACCAGACUUACACGCAGCUCAGGAACGACGAGUUGAAGCUGCUGUACCUCACGCCGGAGAAGAUUGCCAAGAGCAACAAGCUCAUGAACACGCUCGAGCAGCUGCACAACCGCGGGAAGCUCUCGCGGAUCGUCGUUGACGAGGUGCACUGCAUCAGUAGCUGGGGUCACGAUUUCCGGAAGGAUUAUCAGGCUCUUCGAAUCCUGAAGAACCGAUUCCGCGACGUUCCGCUCGUGGGUCUCACGGCGACGGCGACGAAGCGCGUGCAGGAUGACUGCGUCCGACAGCUGGGCCUGCAAAAGUGCACAAGGUUCUUCCAGACGUUCAACCGCACCAACAUCGUGUACGAGGUCAAGCCCAAGACGAAGGACAUCGUCAAGGACAUGAAGGCGCUGAUCCACGAUAAGUUCACGAACCAUCGUAACGGGAAGGUUCAGUGCGGCAUCGUGUACUGCUUCAGCCAGAAGGAUUGCGAGAAGAUGGCGGAAUCUCUGACGUGCAAGCCAAACGACGAUAAAAGGUGGCCGAAAGGUCUCCUCGCGCUGCCCUAUCACGCCGGUAUGACCGAUACGGAUCGGAAGACGGGCGUACCGAAGCGCGAGCUCCAUCAGAGGAUGUGGAGCGACGGAAAGGUUCCCAUCAUAUGCGCCACCGUCGCGUUUGGCAUGGGCAUCAACAAGCCCGACGUUCGCUUUGUGUUUCACCACUCCAUCCCGAAGUCAUUGGAAGGUUACCACCAGGAGAGCGGGCGCGCGGGUCGCGACGGCGGUAAGAGCUACUGCACGCUCUUCUACCAGGCGGGGGACGCGGUUAAGAUGCGCGCGUUGCUGCAGGACUCCGCGAAAGAGACACGCGCGCCGCCCGAGGUGCUCAGGUCCAACCUGGAGGCGAUGUCAUAUUUAGAGGCGUACUGCACCAACCAGACCACGUGCCGCCGCACCCUGCUGCUGGGUCACUUCGACGAGAAGUUCGACGCGGUCAAGUGCAAGGGGAUGUGCGACAACUGCCAGGAGCGACAGGGCGGCGCGAUGUUCGAAGACAAGGACAUGA